GACUGAACACAGCAUUAUUAUCUGUAGCAUCCAGGAAAGUUUGUAGAAUGGAAAAUAUAUCAUACGUUUUUCCAUAAAUAAUGAUUUCUUAGCAUCUUAGACAUGAAUGACCUGACUUACUAGAGGAAAGACAAUGCAAAAGAAAAUAGCUUUCCAAAGCACCUCUAUCUGUUGAAUAGCAUGAACACGCAUCCAGCUUAGCUGUACUCUGAAUGUUUCAUGUGGGACAGGCAUGUCAUUGUCACAUCAUAGAUUUCCUGUUAGCACCUAACAGCCCACUGUGCAGAAUUACAAAGUAAGACCCCCAUUUUUCUUGAUUAUACCUGAAUGCAAACAUGCAAAUGUUUUUUUUUUUUUUUUUUUUUUUCUUUUCAAAACAUGGCUUUGACCAACACACAAAUUUGCAUGAAAAAUAACAGAUAACAGUUAUAAACUAAUUCAAGUCUUCAAAUUGGAGGUGAAACCAUCCUUCCUGAAUAUACACAGCACAGGAAGUGAGACCAUAACAGAUGUGUGCAAGCCCCCUUAUUGUCUGACACACAAACCAGAUUCAAUAUUGUAGGAAGCCUAUGAUUUGCAAGAAGCUCAGAGACAGAGAUAUGUUAUUCCAUGAUGUCGUCUUUGCCGCUGUCUUCUUUGCUUUUUAUCCCUCAGGAAAGGCUCACAUGCAAAACUGGGUGAAGCAGUGGCCAGGUGAGGUGUACAGGACACCUGGAGAAAACAUCACCAUACACUGUCACACUCAUGGAGACAUUCAGGAGGCCAUCUGUUUAGUACACUGGUACAAUAACAGAGAUGGGAAAUACGACCGCAUCGACAAGCUUCCUCAGUUUAGUGGGAGACAUUCUGAACACAAAAAAGCAAACCACUCACGCUCAAGCUUCACCCUGACCUCCCUAGAGCUCAACGACACCGGCUUGUUCUACUGUAAUUAUAUCUGCAGAAUUAAUGGCACACCUGAGCAGUACUAUGGGACUGGGACUCGACUUUUUGUACAUUUUAGUACUGAAAAUGUGACUCAUGGCAGCCCACUUUGUACCUCCAAUAUUACAGAUGGAGUGGAGGAUGAAUACAGAGUUUACCUGCUUUUCCCCUUUCUUGUUUUAAUUGUUUUAUUAACUAAACUUGUGGUAUUUAUGUUUAUGAGUUCUAUUGCACUUUUUUCAUCACAUUAAAUCCAACCAUCAUGUUACUUGUUGCAAGGCAUGCUUAUUUAUAUAGCAUAUUUCAUAUACAAUGGUACAUGAACGUGCUUAAACUGCCAUAAUUUAGGGAGAAAAAAAUAAUUGUUUAACAAUUUAUUAAAUAAUUUAAUAUAAAAAUGA